AUGGCGUCCCUGACGAGGCUGGAAGAACAAAGCUGGCUAGUCGAUCAAACCAUGUUUCCAAGCAUUAUCUCACACAAUGAUACGACCGGGACUCUGCCGAUUACCGUCAGUUGCACUCGUCGUGACCUAGCGCUCGGUGAAGCUCUUAGCGUCGAAAGUCAUCUGGGCGCCAGUACCAAUUAUUCUGCAGCAAAUAUGGUGGAGUCGCGAGCGGACCAAGACUCUUGGGUAAAGGGGGACACAGUGUUUCAGGACGUCUGGGCUGAAGACUCACUGGUUGUUAAGACCUUAGAGAUCGUGAGUCGUCUACGAGAGAUCAUCAUCGGAUCCAAAGCAACGAGCACGCCGUCCCUUCUCUGGACGCCAGCUCUAGAGGCCAGAUGCAUGCACUUCUUUUCGCCUCCAAAGAUUCGGAUAUUUCUGGAGGCAUAUUGGAGUAUCUGGUCUCCAAACUGGCCAGUCAUCCACCGCCCAACAUUCGACUGCGCCUCAAUUCCAACGACACUUUUGACUUCUUUGGUGGUUUUAGGAGCUUCCCACUCUCCGAACCCAGUGGACCGCCAUAUUGCCAGGUUCUGGUACGAUUCCGUUGAGCAGAUGGUGUACACAGAUCUCCAUAAUGUUUCAGCGGCAUUGAAUCAAGGCCAUACGUGGAGACCUGAAGCAGACAUUCAACGCCGAUCCGUACAAGCAAUUCAGGCCGCAUAUGCCGUAUGUAUCUAUCAGAAUUGGGAUGGAACUUGGUCCGCACGAACAAGGAUUCGCAGGCAGCGAUUCAACGAUGUAGUGGCGGCAUCCAGGUCAUUAGGAUUUUCCCAAGCCAGACACAGUGACCCUGGAAAUUUGACCCGAUCCACCUUCGACUGGCAUAAAUUCAUCUUGGAUGAGGAGGCAAUACGGUAA